AUGAUGAGGACACAGGGACUUAGGGACUUUAUUGCAAAGGCCCCAGAGCCACAAAAUGGCGGCCGGCCCAGACCUGACAUCCUGUCCCCACAGCUCAGCCUCACUUCAGAGGGGCAGGGAAGCUCCCAUCAUCAGGAUGACGGGGAAGACCUAGCACCUGCCCAAAAAUGGGAUAUCAAGCAGCUAAUAAGGGAGAUGAAGCAAAUGUUCGAUGCUGACAUGAACCUAGCUCGAACGGAGAUACAGGCUGUGUCCCAAAGAGUCCAGGCCUCAGAGGAGGAUAUCAUUGAUAUUCGACAAGAACUAAAAACAGUGGGUGAUACCAUACGCCAGCUGCAAUCCUCUGAUUCUGCAUUCCAACUUAGACUGGAUACUAUGGAAGACCAAAACUGGCAGAUGAACAUCAAAAUCUGGGGAAUACUGGACUCUGCAGGCCCGGCAGAACUGUCUCAUUACUUACGGAGGUUAACUGCUACACUGUUGCCUCACACCCAGGCCAAGAAAUUGGAAUUCGACGGACACGUCAGAAUCAAUAAGGCUAAACAAGCACUGCCUGAAGCCCCGCAGGAUCUAAUUGUGCGCUGUCACUCCAUACUAGACAAACGGCGCUUUCUAACUGCAGUUAGGAACAAGACCCCACUGGACUUUGAGUCAUCCAGACUCACUUUCUUCCAAGACAUCACGCGCACCACACUACAAUGA